AUGGGCUUCUUCCCUGGGUUUUUCAGCGGCUUCGCCCUUACAACUUCGGUUCUUUACAUUACAAUCCAAGUCCACCGCACCACUCGGCUUGAACAGCGCCGUGCGAUCCGUGAACAAGUCGACCAGAUCAAUUGGCUUGCAUCCUCCGCCGGGGCAUACGACCGUCGCAAUGAACCGCAGGACUUGACCCGCCGUCUCGAGGAACAAACUGCAAACAAAAGGCGAGCCCCUGAAAUGAAAGAAAUUUUGAAACACAGAUGGAACCAGGAGGUCGAAAAGCUGGUUCGCAAGGCCUACAAUAGCCGAUGGGAAGAUUUCCGAGACAGUGCUGCGGGCUCUUGGGGUGCGGUAAAAAGUUAUGUUAAGAAGGACUAA